CGUCGCUAUGUUAUGUUAAUAGACUACCGUUAACUCUUCAAGUUAACACUCUCAGCUAUGCGUUUAAUAACGAACAACAUGUGAUAACGUGUCAACAUAAACGUUUCAAAUGUCGACGAGGAGAAAUCCAAACGUCGACGCCUUUCUUCCCAAUAACGAUUUUAACGGGAAUGGAGGCAUAAAAGAUUCAAGUGCAAGCGGACGACAAAUCAACGGUGAACCGCUUAGCGAUGAAAUCAAUAUACGGAUCGGAUUGCGCCAAAGCGAGCGGAAAGACCCGAAUGCCUCUGAAAAAACUAACGCUUUUUGGAAAGAAGUUUUAGACGCCAAUAGCGCGGAAUUACAAGAGACUGUGCUUGCGAUUCAAGAUGAGAACAAUGCGUUGAGGAGAUGCUUACAGCUAAUGCAGGAAAACAGCAGUCUCAAGGCGGCCAAUGUUCUUGGGGCGGCGCUUUCAAUUCUGGAUGACAAAUUGCGUUACUUUGUAACAGGUAAACUUCUUACAAAUAGUCAAACGACCGUUAGGAAAGGAGAGCCAAAGAGCAUACAGAGUUCUGCUCACACGUCGGUUAAAUCGACAGGAAGCAAUAAACGCAACAGAGGGCAGAUUCCGUUAGGUCCAAAACGGAAGUCUAUUGCGACACCUGCGCAGUCUGUGGGCGGAACUAACCGACAUGUGCGGGCGGGUUCUCGCAGCUUCGGACAAUCUUUCCCAGAGAUAGAUUACAACGACAUAGCGCACUCAACGGCACGUAACCAAACACUAUUACCAGGCUCCCAACCGGAUGCUGUAUCCCCUAGUUACGGGGCGUCGUUUCGGGAGAUUAGUUACAGAGACACGGAACCUUCAAAUACGUCUAGGGUCGUAUCCAUUCCCAACUCACCGCUGGUCGUUACGAUUGAACAUAAGUCGCCCGGUUCUGAUUCUCGGAGUUAUGGAAAAUCGUUUCAAGAGAUAAACUACAGCGAUUUGGCGCAGUCACCCACGUCUAACCGUGAAUCGGUCUCAGACUCCCCUGUUGUAGUGAAAAUAAAUCGCCGCACUGUUUUUCCUGAAUCGCCAAGCUAUGGGCAAUCAUUCCGUGAGAUGACAUACAGCGACAUCGCCGACAGAAGGUCGUUCGCAGUAGCAAAUGGGUCGCCAACCGUCGGAAGCAGUUGUGACACUUGUUUGAGUCCACCGCCCAAUUCUCCUAUCUACGGGAAGGCGUUUCAAAGUGUCAAUAUUAGCGAUUUAAACGACCGUUUAAGCGACUCCGUACCACAAUGGGAAGCUUCACGACAAGAACCAAUCUCCAACACCAAACGCCAACGCACGCAAAAAUCCGCUGCAAAACCGCCUAUGAAAUUUGGUCUGAACCCCAGUCCGCUCCAAAGCAGGGUCAGCGCGCGCACCGAACAACGACCGCGGUCAGCCGACAAUUCUCGACAGCAUGCGUUCAAUGGUGGGAACCAAACAAUACAGGAUUCACGUAGGAACGUAAUUGUACCCUGGGGUUCAGCUGAUGUUACGCAUUACUGUGCUAGCUGCAAGGAAAUCCUUAAGCCAUCCUGUCGGUGUAAAACGUCGAAUGGAUUUAAAACAAACGACACCUAUGCUGUAGGACAAUCGACACCUCAAAGACUCAAUUGGCGUUUCGAUGAUGCUCCAUCACAACAAGCGGAUGAAACGCUAUCUACUGUUGUCAACACGUCUUAUACCAACAGCGUUGACAACGAUGGCGUGCUAGGUGAUAACGCUGCUAAUGAACACGACUUUUCCGUUUCGGAUUACAUAGGAAACGACCCUGAGCCAAGGCAAAUUGUAGGAUAUGGCAGCAAACGAAUGGCAGAAAACGAUUUGUUUAUGACGAAGGACUCGUUAGAUAAUAGUUUUGCUAUAAAUACCAUACGAUGGGCGGAUGAGACUUCUCCGGCUCAGGCCAAUGUUCUAUCCAGCGCAUCAUACACUGCGGCAGCAGCUCACAGUGGCAGAACUGUCGUCCCUUCAUCAAGAAACGAGAGACCCGAAAACAACAAACAGCAGCCGAUCUACGAUCAACAUGACAGUGGAGUGCAUGGUACCCAAUUAGGUCCAAUACAGAAGUCUACCCAAACACCUGCGACGUCUAUGGGCGGAACCAUCAGACAUGCACAGUCGGAUUCUCCGAGCUACGGACAAUCUUUCCCAGAGAUGGAUUUCAGCAACAUAGCGCACUCGACGGCACGUAAUCACCAAACACCGGCGAUGUCUAGGGGCGGAACUAACAGACAUGUGCAGUCGGGUUCUCCGAGCUACGGACAAUCUUUCCCAGAGAUGGAUUUCAGCAACAUAGUGCACUCGACGGCACGUAAUCACCAAAUAGUGGCACGCGGCUCCCAAACGGAUCCAAUGUCGAAACAAUUUACCCAGGUUAGAGAGUUGAAUGAGCCCGUUCCAGAAGACAGACGCGUCCCCGUGUUGACGCCGGCAAGCCAUCAAGCGCUGGGAAUGCCACAGGCCGCAUCGACGCCGGUACCCUCCCCGGGUAAUCGCGGUAAUAGUGCGGGUGGAGCCCAUAUGUCUGUCGGGAAGGAUGUGCAGACUUCCAGUCAACCAGUGAAUAAACAUGUGGCUGACAAUGUGACAUUCAAGUCCGGUUCGAACCCACAACAAUUGGGCACGGGCAGUGCCGAUGAAGCGGUAACAGGGAAAAGCUCAUCCUCUGACAAUUUGUCAGUGGACUCUCUUUUCACGCACGCUUCCUCGAAAAAGUCUUCCGGAAGACAAGACCAUACGGACGACUCACUAGUGCACAUAUUACGGCUGAAGGGCGAUGGUUCUUUGGAGAAAGCAAAGUAUGUCUUCAAUCGACCUGUUGACCAACUUACGGGCUACUUGCCCCAUAUUACCUAUGACGUCAGGAACUCGAUUUCCAUACUGUGUUCGUCACGUCACCACGCUCGGCUGAUAGGGGAGGUAGCGUUCCAGUUGGACAGACGAAUCCUUGAGCACGUGUUUAGUGAUGUCACAAGUGGGCAUACGGCACGAGGAAGGUCAAGGUUUUACGGGUACAGCGUUGCCAAUGUAAACGAACUCAUCGAACGGGAAGACCAGGCACUCCAAAAGGAAGGAGCUAUAGGGGCUUCGCUACACCAUAAGCUGAAGGCGUUGCUAAGCGACCUAGCCUCGUUUUCGUACAACAUCCGACACCACGGCGAGUUUACGCGGGAAAUGGUGAAUAAGUACGGUCUGCUCGUUACCACCCCUGACCCGGAAACCGUCGAGAGACUCGGCUUGAAUGACCCCGGUACUCUGCGACUUCUGAUUGGUCGCAUAUUGAGGAAGAAGGAGGAGCUUGAAGAUAUGCUUAUCAUUCUGGAUUGUCUUUGUUUUAUUGCAUAUAAGGAAAACGCUCCUUUACUCAUGUGGUAGUUCAAUCGACCGAUUUCCCUUUUUUUGCGGACGAACAUCUUAAAAUACUCGCAAGUUGUUUAUUUCAUCCGUAUUAAGGACCCAUUAUUUACAAGCAAUAUAUUAGAAUAUGUUAUACUAUAUUAACUGUUGAUAAUGCUGCUGACUUUGUCUGAAUUAUGUCGCAAUUUAAUAAAUUAUGAAAUUACAA